AUGGAGCUGAAGAUCACCGGUAUUGAGGAACUGAAAGAUUGUGGUUUGUGGUUGGUAGACAAGGCUGAAGGAGACUGGGUUUUUCAAGAACUGAAAGCCUACCUGCGAUUUGCCCUGCUGAACGAUCACGACCAGUUCCAGGCGCUACCCUUCGGCCUGGCCACAGCUCCAAGGGUCUUCACAAAGGUGAUGGCGGAGAUGAUGUUCCAGCUCCGAGUCCAGGUGAUCACUAUUGUCCCUUACCUAGGCGAGCUCUUGAUAAAGCAAGAAAAAGACAACUUUCAUGUGAAACUCGACAGUCUAUUAUUGUUCUUAGAAAUGAAGACUAUUUCAAUGCAAGAAAUUGCCAAGAAACUGAACAUUUCCUACAACGAUGGACACACAAGCAGGAAUAUCUCAGAAGGACAUCUAAUGUUAUCCCCGGAUUGUGACAUAAAAGAUAAUGACAGUAGACAGGAUUCUCCAGGAGAUAACCGCAUUACCCCAAUUAUACAUCCAGCUCUAUCAGCUGGUCCCUCUGAUCCUGGGAAAUGUUCUCCUGAUCACUCUGAUAUUGGUGCAUCUGUUACAGCUCUGACAGUAAAUACAGAGUGUCCCUGUUCUAUAGAUGCCAAAUGUUUUACACAGAACACAAAGCUUAUUACCCAUCAGGCAGCUAAGGCAGGUGAGAGGCCACUGAUAUGUUCUGACUGUGGGAAAUGUUUUACCUGCAAAUCACAACUUGUUUCACAUCAGUGCAGACACAAAGGUCAGAAGCCAUUUCCAUGUUCUGAGUGUGGGAAAUGUUUUACAGAGAAAUCACAUCUUGUUACACAUCAGAGACGUCACACAGGUGAGAACCUAUUACCAUGUUCUGAGUGUGGGAAAUGUUUUACACUGAAAUCACAUCUUGUUACACAUCAGCGAAAUCACACUGGUGAAAAGCCAUUUCCAUGUUCUGAGUGCGGGAAAUGUUUCACCCGGAAAUCACAACUUGUUAAACAUCAGCGAAGUCACACAGGUGAGACUCCAUUUCCAUGUUCUGAGUGUGGGAAAUGUUUUACAUACAAAUCACUUCUUGUAAUACAUAAGAGAAUACAUACAGGUGAGAAACCAUAUUCCUGUUCUGAGUGUGGGAAAUGUUUUACAUACAAAUCAACUCUUAAUGCACAUAAGAGAAGUCACACAGGUACAUCACCAUUUCCAUGUUCUGAGUGUGGGAAAUAUUUUGCACAGAAAUCACAACUUGCUAGACAUCAAAGAAUUCACACAGGUGAGAGGCCAUUUCCAUGUUCUGACUGUGGAAAAUGUUUUGUACAGAAAUCAGUUCUUGUUGCACAUCAGAGAAGUCACACAGGUGAGAAACCAUUUCCAUGUCUUGAGUGUGGGAAAUGUUUUGCACACAAAUCAGAUCUUGUUAGUCAUAACAGAAGUCACACAGCUGAGAAGCCAUUUCCAUGUCAUAAGUGUGGGAAAUGUUUUACACACAAAUCAGAUCUGGUUAGUCAUAACAAAAGUCACACAGGUGAGAAGGCAUUUUCUUGCUCUGAGUGUGGGAAAUGUUUUGCCCGGAAAUCAGAACUUGUUAGACAUCAGCGAAGUCACACAGGUGAGAAGCCAUUUUCUUGCUCUGAGUGUGGGAAAUGUUUUGCCCAGAAAUCAGAACUUGUUAGACAUCAGCGAAGUCACACAGGUGAGAAGCCAUUUCCAUGUUCUGAGUGUGGGAAAUGUUUUGCACACAAAUCAGAUCUUGUUAGACAUCAGCAAAGUCACACAGGUGAGAAGCCAUUUUUUUGCUCUGAGUGUGGGAAAUGUUUUACACAGAAAUCACAUCUUGUUAUACAUCACAGAAGUCACACAGGUGAGAAGCCAUUUCCAUGUUCUGAGUGUGGGAAAUGUUUUGCAGACAACUCAGCUCUCGUUAUACAUCACAGAAAUCACACAGGUGAGAAGCCAUUUUUUUGCUCUGAGUGGGUGUGA